AUGAUCAACGCAACACCAAAGAACUACCAGCAUCUUCUCGCCUUGGUGUUUGCUGUGAAGGAGGUCAAUGAUAACCCCAAGCUUUUGCCAAACAUCAGCCUCGGGUUCCACAUCCAUGACAGCUAUGUCGAUGGAAAGUUGACUUACCUAAACACUUUGAACUUCCUCAGUCCCUUGGAAAGGCUGAUCCCCAACUACAGUUGUGGCAUCCAUAAGAAUCUGUUUGCUGUCAUUGGAGGACUUGAUUCUGAAACAUCUUUUUUUAUAGACAACAUAUUAAGCAACUACAAGAUUCCACAGAACACCCCCAUUCCACCACGGAACACCCCUGAAAUGCCCUUGCCACACCCACACAAGGGCUCGCGCCUGGUCUCCUACUCCAUUUCUGCAAUGAUGAUGAAUUAUGAAAACUGGUUUCCUUCCAUCUACCAAAUGAUCCCCAAAGCAGAACAUCAGUACCAAGGGAUUGUCCAUCUACUUCUCUAUUUCCAGUGGACGUGGGUUGGGAUCAUUGCAGUGGAUGGUGAUCAAGGAGCCAGAUUUCUUCAGAUGUUGAUACCUCUGCUGUCCCAGAAUGGCAUCUGUUCCGCCUUCAUUGAUAAGAUACACAAACUAGAUUCCACUGAUGCUUUGACAGACUUUUUCUUCAUGUCAUGGUUCCAGAAUAACUUAAACCUUUCUGUAGCAAAGGCAAAAGCCAAGGUAGUUGUCAUAAAUGCAGAUGCUCGUACAGUGGUGUUGUUGAACUGGAUUCUACAUAGUCCUGCAGUGGAAAAUGCAAUAGAGACUACCAUGGCUAAGUCCAACGAUGUAUUGGGGUUCCAAGAUUUCAUUUGCAAUGUAAGUUCCCAUUGGCCAGAAGGAGAUGGUUUUAUCAGAACUUUCUGGCAGCAGGCAUUUAACUGUUUCCUGUCAGAUUCCAAAGAAGAUGAAGCUAAUCCAUACAGGUGCACUGGGAAGGAGAAGGUGGAAAGUCUUCCAGGUCCUUUCUUUGAAAUGAGCAUGACUGCCCAAAGUUAUUGCAUUUACAAUGCUGUUCACGCUGUAGCACGUGCUCUCGAUGCCAUGCAUGCAGCUAGGCAGAAACGUGAGAUGAUGCUUCAUCCUUUUCUUCGAAGUGUCUCAUUUAAUAACAGUGCUGGGGAUUCGAUCCAUUUUAAUGAGAAAGGUGAACUGGAAAGUGGAUUUGACAUAAUCAACUGGGUGACUUUCCCAAACCAAAGCAUUGUAAGAGUGAAAGUAGGGAGGGUGGAUCCACAAGCUUCACUAGGCCAACAAUUUAUCAUCAAUGAGGAAUUCAUCACAUGGCACAUGGCAUUUAAUCAGGUGCAGCCUAUCUCUGUAUGUAAUGACUACUGCCAUCCGGGUUACAGAAGAAAGAUGAAGGAGGGGGAGCCAUUUUGUUGCUAUGCUUGUGGGAACUGUCCAGAAGGAAAGAUUUCAGACAAGAAGGAUAUGGAUGACUGUGUCAAAUGCCCAGAUAACGAGUACCCAAACAAGAACCAAGAUCAUUGUCUUCUUAAGGUUCUAAACUUCCUGUCUUAUGGUGAGCCUUUAGGGAUUGCUUUAGCUGUUUUGGCUGUGUCUUUUUCUCUGACCACAGCUUUGGUUCUUGGACUCUUCAUCAAAUACCAGAAUACUCUGAUUGUCAAAGCCAACAAUCGAGACCUCACAUACUGUCUACUCAUCUCCCUUUUCUUCUGCUUCCUCUGCUCCUUGCUUUUCAUUGGCCAGCCUCGGACUCCAACCUGCCUUCUACGACAAACAUCUUUCAGCAUCAUCUUCUCAGUGGCUGUUUCUUCCUUAUUGGCCAAAACCAUUACUGUGGUUCUGGCGUUUAUGGCCAGUAAGCCUGGAAGCCAAAUAAGAAAAUGGGUGGGGAAAAAACUAGCAUGUGCAGUUGUGGUUCUCUGUUCCACGAUUCAAAUUGGAGGUUGCUGUGUGUGGCUCUACGUAGCUCCUCCGUUCCCAGACUUGGACCCAUAUUCUAUAACUACUGAAAUGGUAGCUCAGUGUAAUGAAGGCUCAGUCAUUAUGUUCUACUGUGUCCUGGGCUACAUGGGAUUCUUGGCUACUGUCACAUUUAUUAUGGCUUUCUUUGCUCGCAAGCUGCCCAACACAUUCAAUGAAGCCAAGUUCAUCACUUUCAGCAUGUUGGUGUUUUGCAGUGUUUGGGUGUCCUUUGUGCCAACGUAUCUGAGUACGAAGGGAAAGGAUAUGGUAGCUGUGGAAAUCUUUGCAAUCUUGUCUUCCAGUGCUGGUUUAUUGUUUUGUGUCUUUUACCCAAAAUGCUAUAUUAUUAUUCUGAGGCCUGAGCUGAACAGUAAGAGCUACCUAUCCAUAAAAAAUAAGUAA